CUUUUCCUACAGUGGGCUCUGGAGAUUCUGACGCCUGGAUGUUCAGUAUCCAUAGCAGGUGAGUCACCUGGGAGCCUCUUUGACAGAUCCUUUUCUGUAAAGAAAAAACACAUGGGAAAGGUUCUUGGUAACAUUACCUAUUGUACCUUCACUUCACAGCAGCCUGUAUACCACUUAGGAUCUGUUAUUGUGAAGCAACAUUGUGUGAAUGGCUUUGAAUAUGAAACGGCUAUAUGAAAUGCGACCUGAGCUGUCACAUUGUGUAAUAUUUAUUGUUCUACUGCCCUGCUUCACAGAGAAGACCAAUGCAUUUGACUUUCUGCAGCUUUUACAACGGUCAAAGUACACUGAAGCGAACAGCAUCAGCAAACCGGAUGGACUUAAUUCCCCUUCUAUAUUACCAAAAAUCUGCAAUUCAAAUCUAAAAGUCGAUAAAAACUCUUCUUUACAGCAGAACAGUACAGACAAACCUUGCUGCUUUAAUUUGGAUGCUUCUCAAAAACUGCCCAAUGAUUGCCUCAACAUAACUGAAGACAUCAGUUCAAACCAGACAAUACAAGCUGACAUUCUAAAUGACGAUGAUAAGACAACAAACAUAUCAUCUUUUUCUAACCUCACCUCUUCUGGAAAUCUUCCUAGUAUAGACAUGGAUAAUGCAACCCACUACAUAAUAUGGAAUCAUUUCAUCAACUUCACAAACUUUGUUGUUUAUCAUAAAUAUAUGAGAGAAGAUGGUCAGGAAAAAGAUUCCAGAAUUAAAAAGUAUCUUGUUGCUCACAAACUUCUUGCAUUGUUCCUUGGAAUGGCUGGUGUUCUAGCUUGUCUUCUUAUUAUCAUCUAUUGUGUAUACAUUCGACAACAUAAAGAAGACAUGUUUUCUCACCACAGACUCUAUGGAGAAGGUUUUGAGGAUCCAGUGCUACAUCUGGACACACCAGUGGACCAUCUUGACUUCUUCUCCUUCAGAGAUACGGAUAUAACCCCAUAUCCCACCCCGCAACACAAAUGCCAUAAAACAGAAACAACUGAAUCCAAAGGAGAUUACAUCAUAGAACCCUCAAAUAACACUUCACCCAAUGACCACCUUCACCAAGCCAUACAGAUGGGGACUAUGAAAUACCCAUAGAAGUCUGUCUUGUUUUUGGAAGGUAUUUUAGAAACUAUCUUUUUUUUGGAAAGCAUUAAGGAGAACUGGACUUUCAGUCUUGAGUGGAAUAAAAAGAAGGUGUUAGAACAAAAUAAAAAAACUCAAAAGGGCAACCACAUUUUCUUCUCAGAGUCUGCAGAAUCUAUGUAAUUAACAUAAACUCUAAUGUGUUAGUAAACUGUUCACAAUGUUUGGUCAGUCAUGUUUUGCUAUAUGUUUGGUCAGUCAUAUAUCACAAUAACUUUAGCAUCUGUGUGCCACCUAUCUUAUUAAAAGAUUAUGGUCCGGAUUCACAAAGCACUUACGCCGACAUAUCUCGAGAUACGCCGUGUAAGUCUAUCUA